CCAAUUAACUCCACUCACCGGAUCGCAAAACACAUUUUCGACAGACGUGAGAAUAAUGAACUGUAACAAUAACAAUCCACGGCAGUUUUGUGCGGCGGUGGCACCUGAGAACACACGGCGCGGAGGAUUCUAGGUAUUCUGGGUGUUUUCUUUUCGUCAAACGCGCGAUUGGAAUUAGUCUUCGAUGACUUGAAUUAAAACAAAACGCAAAGUGCAUGAACCAAAAAAAGGGAUCUAAAACAAAAUCGAGUUAGCGUGAGUGAAAAAAAAGCACUUUGCCAGUGAUAGAAAAAAAACCGGCUUUAGCGAGAACUGUGGCGAAACUUUGACGUGAUAAUUUGUGUCCCCUCGGUGCAAUCAGGAAGCGCAGCGCAAGGACCGAAAUCCGAAGAGAGUUCUAGCGCAACGGGCGAAACUAUCCGGGAAUUUGACAGUGGACAAGUGCGAUUUAGUGUCGUCGGAACGGGUUGGGUCGGUGGUUCGAAGGUGGAAGAAAGCUUUUGUGAUAAGUUGGGUUGAAAGUUGCUUCAGGCGAUAGUGAGUGGCGGGUCGGUUGGUUGGGCCACAGGGCUGGUCCGGUGGUGGAGAGGAAUUGGAAAACUAAGAAAACAAGAACCACGCCCGGCAACGCGGAAGUUUCCGCAACUCCGUCAGUUGUUUGACCAACCAGUGCCGCUCUGCAAGCAACAAGAUGAAUUCAACCGCACGAGAGCGGGACAGGUCACACACGACAACGACGACGGUGACGACGGACGGACGAUCGGCAUGUAGUACCAUGAAUCUGCUGCACGCCUUAUCGGACGACAGCGAGAUAGACUGCCUUGAGGAAAACAUCGUUAUUGACGAAAUAACGGAGGUAGAGCCUACGUCCAUGGUGCUGCGAUACUGCAAGGGAAAGUUCCUUCGGCCGUACGUCUGCAUCCUGGGCUUGAUUGGACUGCGGCCAAACGCAGUCGAUGUGGACCUCUGCACCCUGCUGGGUCACUUGCAGUCGAUCAUGGUGCUGAUGCUGCUGCUGGCCGGCUAUGUGCUGCAGUAUCUGUCCGGAUUUCGGCGCGACCGUGGUUUUUCCACACUGGAUCCACCACCAACAGCCACCGGGAUGAACUUCGACGAACUCCCACAACAGCUAUCGACAACCACCAUCAGCACCACCAGUGGCCCCGCCGUAGUAACCACAUCCAUUCCGGGGGGCCUUGGUUUUGCAACCGUUACCACCGCUGCUGGCUCGAUUAUGAAGACAAUAAUGCUCAAUACCAGCGAAAUGAUAUUCAUUUACAUCAUUCCUACGCUGUUACAUCUCGGUGGAUUUGUGAUCGCAAUUUACAUUUACCGCUUCGCCGAUAACGAACACUUGCAGUGUUUGAUAGAAAAGGUUUUCAUCCUGUGCAACAUUCCCCGCCGGUUGGUGGUGACAUUGUGGGUCUACUUCAUCCUCGGAGCACUCUGGCUGGCUGGAUCCACGGCGUACAUCUAUCUGCUGACGUUGAAACAUUCGUACGUCAUCGCCCGGCUUCCCUCCCGGUGGAGCUCGUGGGAUGAGCUGGAUCCCACCGACCGGGACUAUGUUCGAAUUUUCCUAUGUGUCGCGCUGUUUUUUCACGACCUGGUCCAGGUCGUUAUCAUCAUCAGCUACAGUCUUAUGUGCUACUUGCUGCGCUGCUAUCUGGUGGGACUGAAGGAAAAACUGCUGCUGCACACCAUCGAGCCCCUCAACUGGAUGCGGGAGAUUUGUGAGUUCCGCAAGCUGUUACAUCAUCUGAAUGCGAAAAUCUCGUUGCCCGUCGCUUGCCUAGCGUUACUGAACCUGAGCUACACGUUUUCCAGCGUUGCCCAUCUAUUCCAGGACAUGAAUUCCUGUCCAAUUAGAGUGUUCAGCUACACCGUUGCCAACGUGCUCCUGUGGCUGGUCAUCUCGUUGACGCCGUUCUUCCAAGCGGCAUCUCUGACGGCAUACUGUCGUGAAACGCAAACCUGCGGGCACCUGAUCAGCAUUCGUCCGUUCGUGCACCGGAACACUUCGUCGGAGGAUUUGAACACGGUCCUACUGUAUGCCUCGUCGCUAAACAUGUCGGCCAAAUUGUUCCGCAUGCCAAUCAAUGCACACUAUCUGUGUUUCGUUGUGUUCGUCUGUAUCGUGGCAUUGCUAACAUUUGGGAUGUGUCUAAGCCUGGCGAUCGACGGUGGUGGGGAUUGAUAGGGUAUCCACCCUAGUGAGUAACAGCUUUAAUCCGAAUCACAAUGUAAUAUGAAGCGGAAAUGCUGCUGAAGAGUUCUACCGUUCGGAGAGAUGCCUUCAAAAGGACUGAUACAAGUAACGAAUUCAAUAUGAGACAGGUAGUAAGUGUGGGUUGGCAAAUAUUGUAUGGAAUAUUGUAACCUUCAAACCUUCAUCUGUAAUACGACUUUUUGUCUUUUGUACACUGAAACUGUAUGCAUUAAAUGUUAAAAUAUACCCUGCUUAGUGUAAAUUUUAUAUUAGAUAUGCUAGGUUUAUUUGUUUAAAAAUGUAUUUUUCUUGGUAUAAAAUCCGCACUCCGACGUAACCUGAUUCUCAUUCGCUCGACAGUAUAUACAGGGGGUGGCCAAAAUGUUUGGGAUAGGCAACUUUUUUCUCUCUCAAAAAAAAAAACUUGCUGUAACUUUUCAUAGAGUGCAUCGAAAAUUUUCAAAUUUUGACUGUUUGUUAACCUAUUAUAAUAUAUUAUGUGUAUCAUUGGUACAAAUUUGAGCUAAAUUGGUUAAUCUUUCGCGAAGCUAGAACCGUUCUCGUAGAACACUAUUUUUCAGACAUCUAAUUUUUGAGCUGUCAUAUCUCAGAGACCAGUGAACCGAAUUAAAUGAAAAUUUGAACGAUUAUCAACAAUAUAUUAUUGCUUGAAAAUUCUCCAAAACAAAGGUACUUUUUAAACUUUGAAAAAGGUUAUAAUGAUUUGACAUUUUCACCCAUAGGGAGAAAAAUGAGUCAAAUUUCCAAUACCGCACCAAAAAUACUAUGUGUGUUCUUCCUUUAAUCUAAAUGGGCUCUAAUAUAUUUUAGGACAAUAAUAUUCUGAUGAUUCACCAAUUAGUUGGUGAUUUCACCGCUAGAUGGCGCUAGUUAUCAAGUAAAUUUUAGACUUACCUAUCUCGGCAACGAAAGCAUAGAGAAAUGUGUCGUCUUCGCCAAAGUUGUUCAGAAGGACAAGAUCAUUCCUGUUAUUCACCCAUUAGUUGGUGAUUUCGUCGCUAGGUGGCGAUAGUUAUAAAGUAAAGCCUUUGGCUUAAGAGAAUUCUCUAUCUUGGAGUCCAAAGCAGAUAGAAAUGUGUCGUCUUCGACAAAGUUGUUCUGAAGGACAAGAAUAUUCUGGGGAUUCAUCAAUUAGUUGGUGAUUUCGCCACUAGGUGGCGUUAGUUAUCAAAUAAAGUUUUGACUCCUCUAUCUCGGUAACGAAAGUAGAUAGAAAUGUGUUGUCUUCACAUUUUUUUUUCAAAAGACAAGAUCAUUCUUGUCAUUCACCGAUGAGUUGGUUAUUUCACCGCUUGGUGGCGCUAGUUUUCAAGUAAAAAUUUAGACUUCUUUAUCUCGGUAACGAAAGCAGAUACAAAGGGGUUGUCCUCGCCAAUUUUUAUCAGAAAGACAAGAUUAUUAUUGUUAUUCACCGAUGAGUUGGCGAUUUCGUCGCUUGGUGGACUUCUUUAUCUCUCGAUCCAAAGCGUAUAGAAAAAUGUCGUUUUUGGCAAAACAUUUCAGAAGGACAAAAACAUUCUGGUGAUUCACCAAUUGGUUAUGUCACAAUCUCCAGUUAGCCUAGUGGUGAAGGCUAUGGGUCGCCAAUCCGGAGACGGCGGGUUUGAUUCCCGUUCCAGUCGGGAAAUUUUUUCUCGACACUCUGGGCAUAGUGUAUCAUUGUACUUGCCUCACAAUGUACAAAUUCAUGCAAUGGCAGGCAAAGAAUGCCCUUCAAUUAAGAACUGUGAAAGUGCUCAAAGAACACUAAGUUGAAGCGAGGCAGGCCAAGUCCCAGUGGGGACUUAAAGCCAUAAAGAAGAAGAAGAAGUUAUGUCACAUUCUCCGGCAUUCAAAACGUCCGGAAGACAAAUGCCCGAAGGUCAUUCGCCCCAAUGUAACAUUCUCCCGAAUGAAUAUAAAAUGCCCCAACAAUAUAAUAAUCUUGAAGACACCUUUCUGAAAUCUGUUAAGGAGAAACAUCAAGAAAUCUCAUUUCAAUUUUGGCAACAAGUGAAUACUUAAAACGUCAGUAAGGUUCAAGCCGGCCAUUGUAGCAGCCAUGUUUGUAUUAUGUGAUGUUUCACGUCAAGGCAUUGUCCACGUAUUGGGCCGAAUGUCGUUUAUCCAUAUGCCAUCCGGUCGAAUGAGCUCUGACUAAAUUGUGAUUAAACCUAGAUCAUUAACAUUUCCAGGUUAUCAGCAAAAAGUAACUGAAAGUAUUUUCAUCAGAGAUUUUCCGGUAUGUGUUAUGAAAAACAUUUCCGGCAAUACAGUAAUGUCCUGAUUUAUCAACCAUCAAUUUAGCAAAACUGCGUAAGGGUUUCUGGUUAACUAUCCAGUUAAUUCGAAUCUCGCCGGGGACUGCGACAAGGUGAUGGACUCUCAUGCCUACUCUUCAACAUCGCUCUUGAAGGUGUGAUGCGACGAGCCGGGGAAUGAUUUUCACAAAAUCCGGUCAAUUUGUGUGCUUUGUGGACGACAUGGCCAUUAUUGCCAGAACAUUUGGAACGGUGGCAGAGCUGUACACCCGCCUGAAACGCGAAGCAGCAAAUGUCAGACUGGUGGUGAAUGCCUCAAAAACAAAGUACAUGCUGGUAGGCGGAACCGAACACGACCGGAUCCGUCUGGGUAGUAAUGUUACGACACGAUAGACGGGGAUACUUUCGAGGUGGUGGAGGCAUUCGUCUACCUCGGAUGCUUACUGACGACUGACAACAACGUGAGCCGUGAAAUUCGGAGGCGCAUCAUCAGCGGAAGUCGGGCUACUACGGGCUCCAGAAGAAACUGCGGUUGAAAAAGAUUCACCCACGCACCAAAUGCACCAUGUACAAAACGCUAGUAAGACCGGUGGUUCUCUACGGACACGAGACAUGGACCAUGCUCGAGGGGACCUGCAAGCACUCGGAGUUUUCGAGCGAGGCGUGCUAAGGACGAUUUUCAGCAGUGUGCAGGAGAACGGUGUGUGGCGGAGAAGGAUUAACCACGAGCUCGCUGCACUUUACGAACCCAUCACCCUGGGCAGGUCAUGUUGAAAGAAUGCCGGACAACAACCCUGCAAAUUUGGUGUUUGCUAACCCUCCGGUUGGUAUAAAAAGGCAAGGAGCGCAGAGAGCACGGUGGACGGACCAGGUGGAGCGUGAUCUGGCGAGCGUGGGGCGCAGGGAUGGAAAAUGUUGCGGAUUUCGUUAACAAACUGUCAUGACAUUUCACUAUUUACACCAUUGUAGGUGAAAAUUUCUGUUCGUAUGCAUCACCACUCUAUAACGCUGAUUAGUUAUGUAUAAUCAAUGAUGUCGCCGAUUAACAUUUCCGACUAAGUGCAGUCAAAUUAGCAAAUAACGAAAUGACAUUUUUAUGACAUUCCUCAUCCCUGGUUGCGCGUGACCGACAUUGGAGAGCUGCAGCUGCAAAUCGAGUAUUAUGGCGGCAAAUUGUUGAUUCAGUGUUAUCAUAAAUUUGAUGUUGAAUAAUUCAACAAAUUAAAUUGAAUGAAUGAUGCGAUAAUUUUUAGAAAAUGAUUAUAAUCUCAUAAGGUUACUCCUACUAUUAACUACUUGUUUCAAUAGCGGAACUGUUGAUAAACAAUCAAAAACUCUUUGAUUGACAUUGUUUUCGUAAAAUUGAGUCAAUUUGCUAUAACUUUUGUUCAAGUACUUUUUUUAAAGCAUAAAACUAAUUUUCGAAUGAGUGUAAUGAAUUUUGUACCUUUUAAUUCUGCCCUGUUUUGCGUAUUGUACGCGUAUUUCGGCUACCACUUGUAACUCAGUGUCAGUUAUUUACUAUCUGUCAAUCAAAGAAUAAGCAAAACAGGACGGAAAUAACAAGUAUAAAACUGAUUACACUCAAUCGUAGAGGGUAUUCUGUUUAGAGGAUUCGAAAAGAAGGUACGAGGUAGAAAUAGUCGUUCAAAGUAGUGAGAAGUAAAGGGUUACACAUCAUAUUUAACGCCGUUGAUCAUGGGUGACGGAUUAAGGCUCAAUUGAGAAUAGCAAAUUAUUCAGAACUAAAAAAGCACUUUUUCCCAAAAUGGUCCACAAAUCGAAGAAAAUAAGAAUGUCCGAUUGUUUAUUUAGUCAAUUAUGACAAUUGGACACGCUGGUUUUGUUAGUUUUUUCGACAAUAUGGAUAAAAGUGCUUUUUCAGUUUUAGAUAAUAUGCGAUUCUCAUUUGCGCCUUAACGGAAGUUUGCCCACCUCCUGGUGUUUGUUGAUUCCUUUUUUAAGCAUUCUUCCCAUUUGUCCUACGAAUAUAUAUCCAUUCUCAUUGUACCGUAUGAUACAGCGAGUAAUACUUCGUAAAGGAAGCUUUCACAGAAAAAACCCAGAUUAAUCCACCUAGUGGUGAUAGUGCCUUUCUCGUCGAACAUGUACUCAUGAUCUUUCCUUGGUUGGGAUACGGCUGGGAUGAUUUUGCUUCAGAAUGUUGGCUUCAGUCUUUUGGGGGAAUCGAAAACACUAGUUUAUGAAUUUUUCCGACGUUUAGAUCUGUAUGGGACCUUUUCAAGGGUUCAAUCGGUCAAGGUUUCCUAGUCAAGAUGGCCUUGCCUUACUUAAAAAUGUCAUACGAAAGUUUUGGUAUUUAUUGAGUCCGUUCGGUUUGAAACCGUCGUGAUGAGGACAAUCGCCUACCUAUCGGGCGGUUUAGAAUUCGGUCCCUGUUUUUGGAAUCUUCUACUAUUGUUUGUUUAGCUAGUUUCUGUGAUAGGGCCAUCAUUCCGAAGCAUGAUCUUUCCGUCGACGUAAUGCGAACUGUUCCUGAAUCCCGAGAAUACCUUAUUUAGAAAAGCAAUAAUUUUAAUAAAAUUGGGAAAUUUAUUAAUUGAACAUAUUCCGACGUUACGUUAAACGUAUAGACUGGGCUGAAAAAUAUCAGAAUUUUCAGUUGACUGCUUGAGCACCUUCACUAUCACUGAAGACCGAUCAACACCAAGACGAUAAUUGCAAGCUAUGAUAUAACGUCUUUCACAAUCACAGAUGACUUUACGGCAGGCCUGCCCAACCUUUCCUGGCCACGGGCCACAAUUGAUGCUCCAUACCAGUCGACGGGCCAGACAUUAAAUUUCGACAUCAAAUUUCGAAAGCACGAAUGCAACAGUGAAAUUUUGUACAUCCGAUUACCCGUUCUCACGGCAAAUCACAACACUGACAUCAUUUGGGUCAUAUAAAUGUGAGUAAGAAUUCUUGAUUUUAUGCAAAAAUCACCCUGAAUAUUUUUUUUCUGAAUUUUGCCGAACUACAGGUUGCAGCAAACAAUUUGCUAAAAUUCAGCAAACUUUCCUGAUUCGUUCAGUAAACUCUGCUGUUCAGCAGCAACGUUUUUCUGAAAUUCAGUAAAUUUUGCUGAAAUUCUGCUUCAAAUUUGGCAGUACCUUUCAAGUUUAAAAUUUUUAAAUUUAUGUAUUUAAAUUUUUCAAUCUUUGAAAUUUUUUAACAAAACACUACCUAUUUUGAGUUUAUUUUUAAUAUUAAAUUUUAUUUAAAUAUGAAAUAUCUUCAAAUAUUUCAAUCCUUGGGCCAAGUUUCAUUCAUCGAUUCCGCGGGCCGUAUGUUGGGCAGCCCUGCUUUACGGUCUUCGACAUAGUUUUUUCUUCACACUUUGGGCUAUAUUUUAUUAUCAUAGGUUACAAAAUUCAUGUAAAAUUUGACAAAAAAUGCAAGCAAGUGAAAUUUCCCAUACUAAAUCCCAUAAAAAAUUCCCAGUAGUUUUAGACGGAAAAGAGGAUUGAAAAAACUUUCUCCGGGGUUGAUACGAUAAUUUUCUCAUAUAACGUUGACCUAUCCUACUGUAUAUUUUUACACCUCAGUGAUUUGAUGAGAUUGCUUUAGUACAGACAAACAGACAUAUCAUUUGUAACAUAUUGCUAUUAUAUUCAUCGUUACGAAAAAAUAAUCGCCAAAUGCUAAUCAGGUUGCGUUUCACUGCGGCUUGAUGUAGGUAGUGAGUAUACGUCAAACGAGCAACAACGAUUAAUAUUUGUUUCAACCGUUGAAAACAAGGACGAUGGAGAGUGAGUAGAGUAAGACGUCUGUAUGUAUGUGGCCUUCGUUCAGUCAAGAUUUUGUUUUCUUACACAUAUUUAUCGCUUGCAUUUACUUUGUUCAUUUUUGAAGUUCCUGCGAAGCACCCUAGAAAGCACCCAAUGCUGGUUUUGCAUCACUAUCGGUAGCCUCUAAUGUGGUCUGAGCCUAUUUUCUUGCUAAUCGUUCUUCAUGGUUUAAAAAAAGACCGCGGUUCGAUGUGUCGCAUGCAUAGGUUUGGUUCUUUUUGGCAUUUGGCCACUUCCGGCUGGACACCCUAGAUCGGUCCUGGAACACUAUCGGUAGCCUUUAUAAAGAUCUUUGUUGUGGUCUAUUUUCUGACUAAUCGUUCAUCACGUUAUUUAAAAAGCCGCUGUUUAAUGUGCCGCAGGCAUGGGUUUUGAUAUCUACUACAUUUGACCACUUCCAGCGGGACACCCGGAACCGGUUCCGGAACUCUAUCGGUUGAUCCAAAUAUGAUCUGAAAGUAUUCUCUUUUAUUAAUCGUUUAUCAGGUUGCCUGAAGAGCUUGCGAUUUGAUGCGCCGCAUGUAAGGGGUUGGUUAUUUUUUAUACUUGGCUACUUCCGGCGUGACAUCUGGAACCGGUUCAGUAACACUACCGGUUCAGAUAUGGUCUGAGAAUGUUUCCCUGCUCACUGUUCAUCAGGCUAUCGAAAAAACCGCUGUUUGUUGUAUCGCAUGCAUGGGUUUGGUUCACUUUCAUAUUUAGCCAGUUCCGGCGGAACACCCAGAACCGGUUCCGGAAUACUACCGGUUUAGAUAUGGUCUGAGAAUGUUUUCCUGCCUACUGUUUAUCAGGUUAUCGAAAAAUCCGCUGUUUGAUGUGUCGCAUGUAUGGCUUUGGUUCACAUUCAUAUUUGGCCACAUCCGGCGGAUCACCCGGAACCGGUUCCGGAACACUACCGGUUCAGAUAUGGUCCGAGAAUAUUUUCCUGCCUACUGUUCAUCAGGCUAUCGAAAAAGCCGCUGUUUGAUGUAUCGCAUGCAUGGGUUUGGUUCACUUUCAUAUUUAGCCACUUCCGGCGGAACACCCAGAACCGGUUCCGGAAUACUACCGGUUCAGAUAUGGUCUGAGAAUGUUUUCCUGCCUACUGUUUAUCAGGUUAUCGAAAAAUCCGCUGUUUGAUGUGUCGCAUGAAGGGUUUGGUUCACUUUCAUAUUUGGCCACUUCCGGCGAGUCACCCGGAACCGGUUCCGGAACACUACCGGUUCAGAUAUGGCCCGAGACUAUUUUCCUGUUUACCGUUCAUCAUGUUUUCGAAAGUGCCGUGGUUUGAUGUGUCGCAUGAAUGGGUUUGUAGCGUUUUCAUAUCUGGCCCCUUCCUGGGGUACCGAUCCGGAACACCUAAAUGGCCAUAACUCCGGAACGGCUGGACCGAUCCGAACCAUUUUGAAUAGGAAACAAUGAGACCAGAUUCCGCGUCGAAUGAACCGUUGGUCAUUAAAAUCGGUUGAGAUUUACUGCCAAAAAGUGAUGUGAGUUUUUUUUGUACACACACAUACACACACAUACAUACACACACACACACAUACAUACACACACACAGACAUCACCUCAAU